UCUGCCAGCCACAGCUACGUGUGGCACCCUCUACACAGGGAUGCUGGUGGCCGUUUGUGGUCCACGGGAUGCUGAAGCUGUCCACCAGUGACAAUCCCGACAUCAAAGGGGGUUUGGUGCUGGGAGGAGGGUCCUUGUGUCUGGGCCUUGCAAACACCGAGCGAGAACAGAAAAUAAGCCAAGUCCUGACGGUGACAAACAGGGACAAGAAAAACACCGUGCCCUUCAGGAGGUAAAGACAGCUUGAAAAAUUAUGCUUAUGGGGGAGGGAGGAGGAGGAGAGACAUCUGUUCUUGUUUAUUCAUUCAUGUUUCUACUAGCCUUUAUUAUAUUUAGAAUACGCUAGGUGAUACUAGAAGUAUUUUGCACCUAGCGAUGAUCUGGGGAGCGGGAGUGCUCUUUGGCAGCCUUUACAGCUCCUCCUGGCCCAGGUUUCCUUACACAUAUUUGACACUUUUGGUGCAGGUUCCGCUGCAUUUGCAUCUGCACUGUUAUCAAACGGAGGUGUGAGCUCGGAUCUUCUUUGUUCUGUUGUUUUGCUUUAUAUUUUCUUUCGCUAGCAGGCUGUAAUCAGACAGGAGCAGAGGGAAACCAAAUGUCAUUAAGGACCGUGAGAGCUCUGCCCUUUCUGAGCAGGGAAGUCUUUAAUUUCUUUGACAGCUAAAUGGGAGAAAACAAAACACGAUGUUCCUUGUAUUUUUAAACAGUCGCUGGAAUGAAAAAGGAUCAAUUCUGAGAUGAAAGAAUUAAUCUUACAACCAAUGCUUGAAAAAUGGUGGUGUCUCUGUUUGAUGUUUGGAGAAAUACUAGGCUGGGACACGGUUAUAGCCUCUGCGGGUGCCCUUGUAGAGAGGCAGAAAACUGAAAACCAGCUCAUUGCUUCUUAGAAAGUCUAUCAAGGACAUCAGGCAUACAAUGUAAUUUCUGUAAACUGCUUUAAUCUGAUCUUAUUUUCAAUAAUAGUGAGGUUUAAUGAUCACUUUGUCUUAACCCACUUUCCUUUUUCCCUGGUCCGACCGGAAAAAUCCUUCGAGUGGAGGGAGAGGAAGGAACCAGAGCCUGCAGCCCCAGCAGCUCGCAGCCCGGCCAGCUUCGUGCUCUUAGACAGGAAUUAGCUGACAAACUUACGCUGCCAGCUACCACCGCUGACUGCCGCAUCAGCAAGGACUAAACCUGGCCAGAGGAGCUUCUGAUCAAGAAAACAGAUUUUCUAGGGUCCGGAAGAGUCAUUAUGUUGGAUCAGAUCCAUCUGCUGGCUGCCGUGACAGUCCUAGGAGUCCUGGAGCAAGCCUACUUCUUCCUCCAGGUGAUCUAUGCCAGGAGGGCGUUUCGCAUUUCUCCUCCACAGAUCUCAGGCCCACCUGAAUUUGAGAGGAUCUUUCGAGCACAGGUGAACUGCUCUGAGUAUUUUCCCAUUUUCCUGGCACUUCUGUGGCAGGCUGGACUCUUCUUCCAUCAAGGUCUGGCUGCAGCCUUGGGUCUACUCUAUCUCUACGCCCGCUACCGCUACUUUAUGGGAUACAAAGCAUCGUCCUCAGCAAGGCUCGCCCCGAUAUACUUCAGCAGUGGAGUUCUCUGGAUUCUCACUGCAGCAUCAGCCCUGGGCAUCUUGCAUUUCUUCCUCUCUCACUACGUGGGGCUGAACGUCCUCCGGCCUCUCAGAGCAUGACCUGCUCCUCUGUCCCUCAUCGGUGUCCUCGCCUCGGAGUCCUGCUCCCUCCUGCCCGUGGUAACAGACUGGCAGUACCUAAUGCAGCACAAAUGUCAAGUCCACCCUCACCUGAGGUUUUAACACCUCCCUCCUCAGUGCCCAGGACCAGCACAAACUGCUCAGCUCCUCAAGAGGUAUUUUUCCCCCCAUGGCACUCUCUGUGCCAAAUGCUCCAUAUCCAGCAGCUCUUUCAUGCCUGAUGUGGAAACAAUGCUCCAAAACAAGGAUAAUUUUAGGAAAACCGGACACAUAAAAGCAAACUCAUCUCAGCCUGAGCUUCCCAGUGAGCCACCCCAGGGAAUCGCCAUGCGCUUCCCUUUUCCCAGUGGCUCUGCCUUCAGCCCAGGCACCAAACGCGGGUUCAUGCUAGUUUUCCAAGGCCCACACCUAAGAAAGGCAUUUAUUUGAAACCAGAUGUGGGCUGAGGCAUAACAAAAGAGGCGAGAGAUAAACAGGAGCAGCCAUCAACAUGUUGUGUGAAAGUCUGCUACUGCCCUGGUAAUGGUUAUUGGCCAUUGCCUGUGGGCGGCAUCGUAAAUCAGACUGCGCAAACUCAUGUAGAACUUUGAAUAUGCUGAGUGACAACGUGCACAAAUAAAAAAGCCCUGAGCUUGCUGUGCUGGGCUUCUCCUUGUGGGUAUGCAAUUAGCAGAGAACAAAACCACAAGUGUUUGAGCGCAAAGCGGCUGCCCGGGUUCCCUCGCUGUGCAGCACAAGGCAGCCUGAGACCCUCUGUCCCAUGGGAGGAGAGCUCUGGGUAGGGAGACGCUGAUUUUCAGAAGUGCUGAGCUCCUGGAUCAGGGGCUGAGCCGCUCAGCACCAAACAGUGGUCCCCACGGGGUGGUCUGGCUGGUGCUCAGGUCCCGCUCUGGGCUUGGCCCCCCUGCAGCAGGAAGGACUGGAUUUUCACGGGAGCUCAGUAUUCACAGUGCUGAUGCUUUUGGCCAUGGGUCUGCUUACGUUAGUGACGGGGCUCAGAAAAUGCCAGUGGUGCCCCGUGCCAUCGUCACAGGGGGAC